AUGGAUGCGCAGAAUGCUGCCGAGCCCGCCUCCACGAAGCCUCCUGCUGCUUCUCCCAAGCGGCCGGGCACCGACGCCGACCACCCCCGACCUCCUGCCGUGACCAAGCUGUCAAGCGCCAGCAAACUCGACCUUUCCCUCAAAGAUGGCCGUCUGGGUGCAUCCAGCGCGCGCCUCGGUGAUGAAGACGCGGUCGGUGAUGGGAAUUCCGAUGCUGAGACGAUCGUGCUGCCGGGCAAGGAUGGCCACUCGCCGUCCAAGGUGCGCAAGAUCAUCAAGCACGAGAACAGCGACACCGAAGAUGGCCCUUCCACGUCGUCGUCAUUGCUCAGCCGCAAGCAUUCUCACUUGAAGCAGGACCGUGAUGGUGACAAGGGCGAUCGAGGGGCCCGGGCCGAUCGUCCCGAAAAACCAGAAAAGUCGGUGUCGACUACCGGGAUUGGGCACACCGAGAGCACCGUGUCUAUCCUUGGGCGGAAGAAGAAACAGCUGGACAAAUCCAAAGCCAAAGAUGGUUCAAGUGGCCUUAGUUCUGCACCGGGUUCUCCGCCUCCAACCCAACGACGACGUCGACCGUCAAAUACUCACUCCAAGUCCGAUUCCGAAACAGCCCCUGCGGAAUUUACCAAGUCUUCGAUCAAAGACCGGGGCCGGCCGCUGGACAAGGUAGUUCCUCACAAGCGCAAGGCACCACGUCCCGACUCAGAUGACGAGGCAGAGAACCGCAAAAUUCGCCGCCAGCGCACCUCAGGCUCAGGCCUCGAUGCCUCACGAAAACACCACCUUCCCCCAUCAAAACCACAGACCGAACACGCUUCCCCUGCCGUUCCUGCCUCACGAAACCGGUCCAUUUCCCCUCAUUCCCGGGUUCAUCGCCGCAGCAUCUCUACCACUCAGCUUCCAGGACAAUCAUCCAAUGGACUGAGCCACAAGAAGAAGCGGAUUCCAGCACCUCUUCAGUCGACCGACUAUCUCUCGGACGAGUCAUCCGCGAGUGGCAGUCCUCAUCCGCGGAGCUCCAAGUUGCGUGGAUUGGCGACUCCUGCGACCGCCGACUCGAACGCCUCGCCUGCCAAAAUGGCACCACACAAGAAACAUCUCGACGCGCAUGGCCAAACCUUCCUCGCGAGGGCCUGCGCCAAGGGUGAGUACGACGUCGCGAAACACCGACUCCAGGAACGCCCAGAGGACAUCAACGUGGCCGACUACGCCGGCAACACUCCGCUACAGAUUGCUGCACUUAAUGGAUACGACGAUAUUGUUAAGCUACUUGUGGAUGCCGGCUGCUACCUCGACUGCGUGAACAACGACAAGGACACUCCCCUCCUCGACGCGGUGGAGAAUGGCCACCUAGAUGUCGUCAAGAUCCUUCUCAACGCUGGCGUAAACCCCCGAAAGGCAAACGCGUAUGGGCAGGAGCCGAUCGACCGGGUAAACGACGAGCUUGACUAUGCGGAUGAGAUUCGACGCGCGCUGCGGGAAGCCAAGGCGAAAAUGGGCGAACGACGCCGGACUUCCGAAGAGCACCAGCCGGAUCAGACGGACACCCGCUCAUCCUACGGCCCCGAUAGUCCUCGGAGGUCGCCCGGCGUUAUGGGUUCCGCCCACACCAUCGCUAGCCGAAGAUCUGGUACGGUUCGUGCCACUAAAACCAGCAACCACCUCCUGUACAUGCCGAUGGACGACAAAACCCUGCGCGCGGCCGCCGCACGUGGUGAUGAGGAGACUGUUACGCGCAUUCUUCAAGUCAGGGAGAACUUUGACGAUCCGGAAUCCAUGGUCGCCGCCGCCCGGGGAGGGCACGAUCUUGUCAUGCAACUUCUCUUGGCCCUCGGGAGAGCCAACCCAGAUCCGUCGCCCAUUUCGAGCCAGAGUAGCGAGUAUUCAACCCCCAUGCUCGCUGCUAUUGGCCAGGAAAACCUCAAAGUUGUUCGUCUACUCCUUGAUCAGGUUGAUCAGGGUAAUUUCGACCCCACCCGUCGCAUCAAGGGCGAGGCUUAUCACGAGAUCGCGAAAAGACGCCGCGGUCCAAAUUGGAUGGAGGAAGAGCAUAUGCUCAAAGAUGCGUACGAUGAGUACCGGAAGUCGCACAAGAGUGGCUCGUCUAAGAACCGAUCACCCAACCGACGCGAGCAGGAGCGGGAGCGGGAGCCGAGGCGCAAGCUGGACAUCAAGGACGAGGCUGCAAAGCUUCACAAGAGAAAAGCUGUGAGUCCGACAAGGGAACCUAAACGGCUUACCGCCACGAAACUAUCAGCAAGCCCGAAGGAGAAACGACGCGCCACCUCGCUUACCGCACAGCCUGACGACCAGACAUCACCGAAGCGGGGCCCGGGACGUCCCAAAAAGGAUGACCGGAUCCCCACGAUUGCCGUAUCAGAUCGUGAGCCAUCACCUGCCGGGCGGCCCGCAGCCAAAAUCAGGCGGGCCGAGUCCGAUCUCGCCGCUGUGUCGUCGGAGGGCGAAACUACGAAACCGCGACGCAAACUGGUUUCUGGCCGGGAGUUGAAAGGCGAGCGGGAGCGACAGCGACGUCCUAGUUUGACCUCGAACGCAUCGUCUAUGAAGGAGCCCUCCAGUCCCCGGGAAGAACCCGAGAAGGCACCGAUGUCGGAGAAAUACCAUGACAGAACGAAGGCUCUCAAGCGGGACGAAUCUCGUGAUCGACUCCCUGUGUCGGGCGACAGCACCGGCAAACGGCACCGGUCCAGUGCUACGCCCCCACACCUUGGCCUUUCGGACAAGGACAGUGGUGAUGGUCCCGUCAAGCGACGGCGACUGGAUGCCGAAAACAAGGACGGCAAGGAGAAACGCCCAAAGUCCAGUCAAUCCGAUGAUAAACACCUGAAGACCCCAGUGCCUCGUGACUCUGGUCUGAGUUCCGCCGCAGCAUCUCGAGCUCCGUCGAAAACGCGGGACGAGGAGGAGCGAAAGCCAAAGCCGAAGAAGACCGAGGCUCUGCUUCAGCAGGGGCGCCGUGAAGCCGGAAAGUCGGCCUCUUCCGAGGGCAGCAUUCACGUCAAGUCCGAGGACCAAGAUGUCGACAUGCCCGACGCUCCCCCAGCUGCGACAAAUAUUUCAGAGCCGAAGCCUGUCCCAUCUCAGAAGGAUGAUGAGGUGGAAAAGAAGAAGAACCAGGCCGAGGUGGAGGAACGAGCACGCGAAGCCAAGCGGAAGGAAAACGAAAUGCGCCGCAAGGAGGAAGAGGAUAAAAUAAAGGAGAAGGAACAGGAGAUGGAGAAAGAACGACUUCGUCGGGAGGAAGAGUCUAAGAAACUCGCCGAGACAGAGGCACGCAAGCGUGAAGAGGAGGAGAAACGUCGUAAGGAAGAGGAAGAGCGGAAACGCAAGGAGGAAGACGAACGCCGUAAGCGGGAGGAGGAGGAGCGCAAAGCACGGGAGGAAGAACAGAAGCGCCGGCUCCAAGAAGAACAGAGAAAGAAGCGGGAGGAAGCGGAGCGGAAGAAAAAGGAGGAGGAGGAGAGGCGGAAAAAAGAGGAGCAAGAGCGCAAGAAGCGGGAAGAGGAGGAGUGCCUACGCCGCGAGCAGCUGGAGCGUGAGGCCGCCGAAGAGGCUCGCCGGCAACGGGAAGAGGAGGAGAAACGGGAGCAGGAACGUAAGGAGCGUGCCCACCGCGAAGAGAUGGAGCGCCGACGGGCCGCCAGGGAAGCCGAGCGUGCUGCGAAAGAAGCCGAACAACGGCGGAUACGCCUUGAGCAGGAGCGUGCCCGCCUCGACAAGUUGCCGCCCGUUUUGCGUUGGCUUGAUCAGGCCGCCAACCCCAAGGCUGCCGAGGUCGCGGAGAAGUUCAGCACGACCCAAGGUGUCCGCUACGACUGCAUGAACCCCGGGAUGAAUGGUACCGCGGCUGGCCGAGAGCAAUGGCUCCUCAACACCCAGGUCGCCCUUCUUUUGGGUGAGAAGGACUUGAGCCUCUCACGAUACACUGCCUGGCCUAAGGUACCCGCCUCGCCUGCCGCGAAGCGGGCCAUUUGGCGCCUCGAAUCUGACCGUUAUGCUCUGACGACGCCUGCUCUGUACGAGAUUGGUGAACAGCUCGAGGGCUACUACCAAGGGCUCGCCCCGAAGACGAUGAGUUAUGUCAUCUUCGAGCGUCUUCGAGCUGAAGCGUGGGCCAAGUUUGAGGCGAUGGAUCUGUUCUUUGUUAAGGCCUCGGAUUUCUUAUUCAUCAUCCCUACUGUGCAGCAUCUUCGCCACGUAAAGAUUACCAUGACAUAUUGCGAGAUUUCAGAAACCUGGCCUCCUCAACAGAAAUGGAGGGACGAUCCAGAUGCGAAGAGUCAUGGUGGAUUUGCGCCAAGCAACAAGCAUUACAUCAACGGCCAAAAGGUCUCAGAAGACAAGCCGUGCCUUAGAGAGGCCAGCACCUCGCCUUUCCCCCGACAGCGGAUUCCCCGCCGAAGCCUUCCGAGCAUCUCUGGCGAUGGUCUCUCUCACAUGACGCUCUCCAAAGAGCGUAGCAUGGAUAUCGACACCGAACCGACAACCUUGCCGAACGGGGUGCACUCAUCUCCUAUCAGCCGGGCUUCUCAUGGGGGGAAUGGAGAGAUCAACGGGCGACAACCGCUGUCUCUGACCACGACUGUGGCAACUAAUGGGACGGAAAACCACCCGCUUUCUCCGUCCUCCGAGGCGGGCCCGGCGCAAGCCCGUCCAUUAAUCAAUGGCACUCACGAUAUUUCCGGCACGACCGCCCACACAGAGUAA